GAGAGGCCACUGAUAUGUUCUGAGUGUGGGAAAUGUUUUGCAUUCAAAUCACAUUUUGUUACUCAUCAGCAUACUCACACAGGUGAGAAGCCGUUUUCCUGUUCUGAGUGUGGGAAAUGUUUUACACAGAAAUCAGCUCUUGUUACACAUCAGAGAAGUCACACAGGUGAGAAGCCGUAUUCCUGUUCUGAGUGUGGUAUAUGUUUUGCACAGAAACCAAAUCUUGUUACACAUCAGAGAAGUCACACAGGUGAGAAGCCGUAUUUCUGUUCUGAGUGUGGGAAAUGUUUCGCAGUUAAAUCACAUUUUGUUACUCAUCAGCAUACUCACACAGGUGAGAAGCCGUAUUCCUGUUCUGAGUGUGGGAAAUGUUUUACACAGAAAUCAGCUCUUGUUACACAUCAGAGAAGUCACACAGGUGAGAAGCCGUAUUCCUGUUCUGAGUGUGGUAUAUGUUUUGCACAGAAACCAAAUCUUGUUACACAUCAGAGAAGUCACACAGGUGAGAAGCCGUAUUUCUGUUCUGAGUGUGGGAAAUGUUUCGCAGUUAAAUCAGAACUUGUUACACAUCAGAGAAGUCACACAGGUGAGAAGCCGUAUUCCUGUUCUGAGUGUGGGAAAUGUUUUACACAGAAAUCAGCUCUUGUUACACAUCAGAGAAGUCACACAGGUGAGAAGCCGUAUUCCUGUUCUGAGUGUGGUAUAUGUUUUGCACAGAAACCAAAUCUUGUUACACAUCAGAGAAGUCACACAGGUGAGAAGCCGUAUUUCUGUUCUGAGUGUGGGAAAUGUUUCGCAGUUAAAUCAGAACUUGUUACACAUCAGAGAAGUCACACAGGUGAGAAGCCGUAUUCCUGUUCUGAGUGUGGGAAAUGUUUUACACAGAAAUCAGCUCUUGUUACACAUCAGAGAAGUCACACAGGUGAGAAGCCGUAUUCCUGUUCUGAGUGUGGUAAAUGUUUUGCACAGAAACCAAAUCUUGUUACACAUCAGAGAAGUCACACAGGUGAGAAGCCGUUUUCCUGUUCUGAGUGUGGGAAAUGUUUUGCAUGGAAAUCACAACUUAAGCCAGAAGAAAGAAGCCAUGCAGGUGAGAGGCCACUGAUAUGUUCUGAGUGUGGGAAAUGUUUUGCAAUGAACUCAAAUCUUGCUACACAUCAGAGAAGUCACUCAGGUGAGAAUCCGUUUUCCUGUUCUGAGUGUGGGAAAUGUUUUGCAUUCAAAUCACAUUUUGUUACUCAUCAGCAUACUCACACAGGUGAGAAGCCGUAUUCCUGUUCUGAGUGUGGGAAAUGUUUUACACAGAAAUCAGCUCUUGUUACACAUCAGAGAAGUCACACAGGUGAGAAGCCGUAUUCCUGUUCUGAGUGUGGGAAAUGUUUCGCAGUUAAAUCAGAACUUGUUACACAUCAGAGAAGUCACACAGGUGAGAAGCCGUUUUCCUGUUCUGAGUGUGGGAAAUGUUUUACACAGAAAUCAGCUCUUGUUACACAUCAGAGAAGUCACACAGGUGAGAAGCCGUAUUCCUGUUCUGAGUGUGGUAAAUGUUUUGCACAGAAACCAAAUCUUGUUAGACAUCAGAGAAGUCACACAGGUGAGAGGCCAUUUUCCUGUUCUGAGUGUGGGAAAUGUUUUGCAUUUAAAUCAGUUCUUGUUACACAUCAGAGAAGUCACACAGGUGAGAAGCCGUAUUUCUGUUCUGAGUGUGGGAAAUACUUUCGCCGCUUUUCUAAUCUUGUUACACAUCAGAGAAGUCACACAGGUGAGAAGCCAUUUUCUUGCUCUGAGUGUGGGAAAUGUGUUAGACGGAAAUCACAACUUGUUACACAUCAGCGAAGUCACACAGGUGAGAGGCCAUUCCCAUGUUCUGAGUGUGGGAAAUCUUUUACACACAAAUCACAUCUUGUUAAACAUCAGCGAAGUCACACAGGUGAGAAACCAUUUUCUUGCUCCGAGUGUGGGAAAUGUUUUACACAGAAAUCACAUCUUGUUAAUCAUCAGCGAAGUCACACAGGUGAGAAACCAUUUUCUUGCUCCGAGUGCAGGAAAUGUUUUACACAGAAAUCACAUCUUGUUAAUCAUCAGCGAAGUCACACAGGUGAGAAUACAUUUCCAUGUUCUGAGUGUGGGAAAUAUUUUACACAGAAAUCAGAUCUUAUUAAACAUCAGAGAAGUCACACAGGUGAGAAGCCAUUUCCAUGUUCUGAGUGUGGGAAAUGUUUUGCACACAAAACAGAUCUUGUUAAACAUCAGAGAACUCACACAGGUGAGAAGCCAUUUUCUUGCUCUGAGUGCGGGAAAUGUUUUACACAGAAAUCAAAUCUUGUUAAACAUCAGCGAAGUCACACAGGUGAGAAUCCAUUUCCAUGUUCUGAGAAGUAAAUCAUCUCUUGUAGACAUCACUCAGGUGAGAAACCAUUUUAAUCUUCUGGGGUAUACUUAUCAUUGCCAUGCGUUGUUCUUCAAGGUUCUUAUUUUAUCUCCUAUGCUUUUUGCAAUAUACAUGCUACCGCAGGGUGAAGUAAUCAGAUGUCAUGCCCUCAUCUACUGUUAUACAGAUGUUAUGCCAAUCCAAAAUGGUUGUCUAGUUGAGCUCCAGGUAUGGGUGAUGGCAGUUGGCUGUGACUCCGUCCUGGUGAAACAGGUCUGUCAUAAGAUAGAAGCUCACCGACAAAGGGCAGGGCUACAGCUCAGCUUUGCAAACCAACCAGACUUGCGCUUGGAGGUUUAGAGUUACAAAAUGCUGAUCCUGUGCGGAAUCUUGGUGUCCUGGAUGGUGGAGUGACACUUAGAUAUCACGUAUCAGCCACAAUCAGAUCCUCCUCUGAGUACAGAGCCAGACUCCAGCACUUAUUUCCCUCAGAAGAUCUACCUACAGCCAUACAUACACUUGUAUCAUCACGCAUAGACUACUGCAAUGUCCUCUACCUGGGUCUCCCAGCAGAAGAAUUACACCGUUUGUAGCUUGUCCAGAAUGCAGCAGCCAGGCUGUUACCUAACCAUCCCGUUCCUGCCACAUAACACCUAUUCUCUGCUCCCUUCACCGGCUGCCUGUAAGAUGGUGACUAUUACAUAAUCUUACUGACUCUCCCAGCACUACAUGACCAGUGUCCGUGGUACCAGAAGCAGCUUCUGCCUCCUUACUGCCCUGCUUUCUUACUUGCAUCUGCAGAUGAAGGACUGUUACCAGCAGUACCAAGAAUCCCCAAGCAGUGCUGAGAGGUCAGGAGGAAGACAGGGUGGUUGCACUGGUGCUGUAGUGGGGCCUGCCGAAGGCACUGUCAGUGGGUAAUAUUGUCCCCAAGCAGUGCUGAGGUGUCAGGGGGGGAGACACAGG